CGUUGCACUGAGUCGGUCAUCCGAGUCAGUUCUAAAAGCUGCAGGAGGAACCCGGUCCUGAAGCCGAGAACAGGAAGAACAAACUCCUAAACAUGUCCGGUCAAGGCCUUGUUACCGCCGCAGUCAACAAUGUCUCAGGUGCCACCCAGAACACAAGCAUCCAAACUUCCUGCCUAGCCAGAAGGUCAGACCACCUCGCCUUCACAGUGGUCUACAGUGUCCUGUUUCUGGUGGGCUUGAUCCUCAACGGCUUCAUUUUGUGGUUUCACUGCUGCCAACCUCUGAGAAGCAGCUCCAAAAGCUUGAUGAUUUACCUGAAGAACCUGACGGUCGCUGACUUCCUGCUCUGCCUCAGCCUCCCGCUGCGCGUCAUGGAAAACGCCACCAGCUCUGCCGCCGCCCACCUGCUCUACUGCAGCUUUGGAGCCUCCAUGCUGUUCCUCAACAUGUACGCCAGCAUCCUGUUCAUGGGCUACAUUGCGUGGAACAGGUAUGAGAAGGUGGUCCAUCCUUUCAGAAACUGCUUCCUGUUGUCUGCACGUACUGCAUGCAUCAUCUCCACGGCCACUUGGGUCUUUCUCCUGGUCCCGGUGACAACAUACAUGACCAUGCUGCUAAACGACGGCAGACAGCAGCGGUCCACUGACUGCAGCUGUGAGGACUUCCACAGUGAGCUCCUCAGAGAGAUCUACAUAACUAGCCAUGUCUGUGCUUUCACCACCUUCCUGUUGGUGUUGAUCUCUAUGAUCUUCUCCUACUACCGCACCUCCCGCAAGUUGUUGCAUGCUGACCAGAGACAGUCUUUCUCCUCCAGCUCCAAGAAGCUUUUGAGAUCCCGAAAGAAAAUCUUGGUGCUGGUUUGCGUCUUCUGUGUUUCCUUCGCUCCUUACCACCUGGUUCGACUUCCCUCAAUGUUUUACCAAGAGGCUGUUUUUUUCUACUACCUCCUGCAGUUGGCCACCAUCAUGUUGGUUCUUAAUGUCUGCCUGGAUCCACUUGUUUACUUCUUCUUAUGCAAGGAUUUCCGGGUCCAGGUAAAGCUGAGGCUCAGGGGUUUUAGAGUCACCCAUCAGAGGGUGAAUGCAGCCAGGACAGAAGGUGAAGCGCAGCUGAGGAACAUGGACAUCAACAAUGAAGUGUCCUUUAGCACAACAUCAAGGUCAAACUGUGAGCUGUAGCUUUUUUGUCAUUUUUAUGGCACCAGUGGCCUUUAUUGAAACUAGGCUGACAGGAAGAUGGACUGAGAGAGACGGGGAAGACAUGCGGCAAAAGUCAGCAGGCUGGAAUCAAACCCACAACAACCUCAUUGGGGUCUAAGGCCUCCAUAUAUGUAACCUGACCCUAGUCAAAUGAAUUUCGCUCUGCCUGGCUCCACUCAUCCAUCUGGAUCAGAUCCAUAGGAGUGACGUUUCAGAAGGCUGGGCCUUAUCAAAAA